AAUUUCUCAGCUUUUCGUCUUACUUUUCUUUUUGUGUCUUCAAUUACAUUAAACUCCAUAUGAAUAAUUUCUUCAAUCGAAUUUUUCGUCUUUGGGUCUUAAUUUUUUCUCAACUGAUUCAGCUAACAUUAGCGAUUUGCCGGAUUUCUUCGAUUGGUUUUCGUCUCUACGUUUCAAUUUUCUUAUUACUUCGACACAUUCUUGUUCAGAUCGAUGAAAAGGUGGAAGAUGAGGAUGAUUCAGCCACUAAGAACAGCAACAACACAGAUGAUUUUGCUAUAGAGCCUCGUGAAGGGAUUGAAUUUGAAUCCGAGGAUGCUGCUAAGAUGUUCUAUGAUGAUUACUCUAGACGUUUAGGGUUUGUAAUGCGUGUAAUGUCGUGCCGGAGAUCCGAGAAAGACGGAAGAAUCCUUGCCCGGAGAUUCGGUUGUAACAAAGAAGGUCAUUGUGUUAGUAUCCGUGGUAAGUUUGGAUCAGUUAGGAAACCAAGACCGAGUACAAGAGAAGGUUGCAAAGCCAUGAUUCAUGUUAAGUAUGACAGGUCUGGCAAAUGGGUCAUUACCAAAUUCGUCAAAGAACAUAAUCAUCCACUCGUUGUUUCACCUCGCGAGGCUCGCCAUACUCUGGACGAAAAAGAUAAGAGAAUUCAAGAACUGACGAUAGAGCUGCGAAACAAGAAGCGGUUAUGUGCAGCGUACAAGGAACAGCUAGAUGCAUUUGCAAAGAUUGUUGAAGAGCAUAGUAAUCAGAUAGCGAAGAAAGUUGAGAACGUAGUGAACAAUUUGAAAGAAUUCGAACCUCUAGAGCAUGCGCUAUUGCGAAGUAAACAAGAUGCCAUCUAAGCCAAUUAUGUAUGCGUGCGGAUGUAUAUUCUUUCAAUCGGUAAAGCUUUCUAUACCGCCUUUCCCGAUCGUAAAUGGUUUAAGUGUAAUCUAGAUGUGGUUUGAAUCUUAUUUGUUUAUGGAAUGUAAUGUGAGAAACUUUGUAACCAUAGAGUAGAAGAGGACAUGAAAGGUUUACAUACAAA